CUAGCUAGCCAGUCAGCCAGUAAACUGAAUCUCUCUAAUGUAUAAGGCAAUUAAAUUGUUGUUACUAGCUAGUUAUAAAUCGUGCAACUUAUCGUAAGUAUUAUUUAUUAGCUGGUCUGUUUAUUUAGUUUUGUACAUUUAGAUUUUUCUGUUAGGCAACUUAACUUGCCUUAGUAUACAUAAGUAACUAGCUAGCUAAAUUAAAUGGACCAUUCCGAUUUAGCCAGCUAUCGUGUAGCUAACGAUAUUUAGCAAGCAAGCUAGUUGGCUGUCGUGCCGGUGUCUGGGUGCUUUUUGAUUGCUGGCAAUUUGUCUAUGCUAACUGUUAAGUGCUUGUCUGGCCGGCUUGUUGUAUAACUUUAUUUGUAUUCCUAAAAAUACUGGGGAAACCACCCGGAAUUUGAUCUUCUUUUCCGAAUGUUAUGGAGAAAACAAGCAGCACAGGCCCUGAAUGGAAACAAUGAGUCCCACGGAUAAACGGAUAAGGCACCAGAGAAGUCCGUGACAGUGGUUACCCCGCCGGUCUUGGGAACAAAUUGAAAGCGCUGAUCUUGGAGGUCUGAACCCUGGCCCUGUACUGUGCGAGAUCUGCAUCCAUAGCAGGUGGAUGUGCAGGGCCCUGAGUUGAAGCUUAAACUCAUCACACUUGAUAGAUCGCCUUUAUGAUAGUGAUGAAACUUGAAAAGCUAACUAGCUAGCUUGCUAGCGAAGAAGUCGUAUCUCCCAUGGGUGUAAUGUUUGCAAGUUUAGCGGUCUAGCUAGCUGGAUAACCUUGUUUCAUCGAGGUUUGCGUCAUUCCGUGAGAAACUUCCAGGUAACGGGAUAUAUAACGAAUAUUGUUCAUUUUACUUUGGCUAGUAAACACAAAUAAUAUGCCUUGUAGCGAACAGUGUCACUGUUAACGUUAACUUAAUGUGCGAUAGUUCUCAGGCUAGCUAGUGUGAUUCAAUUAAGAAUAACCAACUAGCUAGCUAACUAGGAGGCUGCUAAGUUAGCCGGUUAAAUAAAACUGUAUCCUAGGCUAUCCGUUAUUAUUAUUAUUAUUUAUUAUUUAUUUUAUGCGAUAAACCGCCUAAGUUACAUGAUCCAGUGUAUCUUAACCGGAAACUUUAAAACGGACGAUGAGAGACUACCUAUUCAUCUGGAAAGUAAAUUGACAAGUUACUAAAUAGCCCACGUAGUUAGCGAGCGAUAUAGUUGCUCUGGAGUCACCAAUACCGCAACAUGAAGGUACAAACUCAUGCAACUGUUAGAAUUGAAACUUGUAACUCAAAGGCAUCUCUACAUGACGCAGUAGAGCGGAGUGAAAUUACAAAAAAAUUAGACGAACAUAAUCAUUUGCACAACCCUGGCUAUGCAUCCCGGGUUGAACCGGAGGCAGGGUUGCAACCCAGUCCUCUAAUUUUCUCUCCAUCAGCACUUAUGAGGACUGAACUCGGUUGCACCCCCGAGGGGCUCAGCAACGGGACGUUGAUCGAAACGUUAAAAAACCCGGACUAUGAGGAUGACAGUCGGGAAGGAGACGAGGUGCCUCAGAUAUCGAAGGAUUGCAAAUAUACCGCAAUCAGCGAGGACGAGGACCUCAGCUACGAGCUUCAGCAAGCCUACAGAAUAUUUCAUGGAUUUCUCCUUGAAAAGCACAAAGCAAUCACAGCCCCAUUCAUGCAACCCAUGAAUACAGAGGAUCACGUUGACAGUGAUCGUGUCCAGCCAGCCAUGUGGUUCAAGAGGAUCGAGGAGAAAUUCAUUAACAAGGAAUAUGAGACUAUCACGGAGUUUGUGGCUGACUUCAGACGAAUGCUGGAGAACUGUUACAGGAUCAACGGGGUCGACCACUGGAUCUCCAAACAGGCUCAGAAAUUGGAGAUUAUGCUGGAACAGAAAUUGACAUUGCUGUCCAGAGCACUGAGAGAAAAAACGUCGCUGGCUGUCACCUCGAAGGGUCGCUUCGGGAUCGACGAGGAAAAGGGGAUCGGGAGCACCUCCACGAGACGACGCUCCAUGCCUCGCAACCUGUCCAAUUUAACAAUGGGAGCGAGUGAGUCCAUCAUGGUGCAGGCCCUGAGGCUGGAAGAACAGCAGAGAGCCAAAGAUGAGAAGAGGCAGAGGGAGCAGGAUAAGAAGGAGGCAGAGGAAGCGUCUGCUAAAGAGCUGGACGAGUGGGAGCAGAGCCUGCUGGCCCAGGCCUCCCCAUGGUCCAUAGACAAGCUGUGGGAAUUGCCUGCAAUAGGCCACUUCCUGUGCCUGGCCCAGACUGCUCUCAACCUGCCCGAGAUUGUGUUCUUUGAGCUGGAGCGCUGCCUGCUCAUGCCCCGGUGCAGCACCUUCCUGGCCAAGGUCAUGACCUCCCUGCUGUGUCACCCCCAGAGACGGGCCACUCUGCACCGCCGCCCCACCCUCCUGUACCGACGCUGGGAGGCGGCUCUCCGGCAGAAGGUGCUGGGCUGGUACCGGGCAAUGGGAAGGGCGGGGGACCCAGGGGUCAGCGCCGAGCAGCUGGGUCUCUGCCCGCAGUUCUUCCGCGUUCUGGGGGAGGUGAGUCCCCUGGAGGAGAAGCCCUUCCACCUGCUGCCGUUCAACCAGCGCGUCUGGCUGCUGAAGGGGCUGUGCGACUUUGUGUAUGAGAACCAGAAGGAGGUGCAGGAUGCCGUGCUGGGUCAGCCCAUACACGAGUGCAGGGAGUCCAUCCUGGGCUACGACGGGCACGACAACGCCUACAUCCACUUCCCUCACUUCUGCGGGGCGGACCUGCGCAUCUACUGCCAAAGCCCCUGCUCCUCCCCGAAUUUCCCCUUCCCGCCCAUCCAGGUGAAGAGGCUGGAGUGGGAGGAGACGGGCGAUGGGGACGGGGAGACCGUGGUACACCGUGUUUCUACGGGAACGGGGCAGUCGGAAGUGAAAGAAGAGGCUGACGGCUGCAGGAGUUUAGCUGAGGUGAAAGAGGAGGACUGUGACACGCCACAUGGCACAUCACACAGGUGGAGACUGACUGAUGUCUUCUCAGGAGGUGGGGGAGAGGGUGCCUUGACAACAAAGCUUGACCAGAAAGGACAAAUCCACACCUCCCAGCCAUGUAGGGAGGGCGACAGCAGUCCAGGCAUGAAAAAUGCAGAAGAAGAACCGAUGGCGCUGCAGAACAACCCUGAAGUGAAGAAGGGAGGGUUUAUAGGGUGUGUCAAGAAACCAGGCCUACAGGACAGAGAGGGACGAAAGAGCAGCCAGAGGGUGUUCCCUGUUAAUUCAGGUGAGACCUCUAGUGUUGUGGUCCCGCUGAGCCCCAGAGAAGUUUGUGUUCAGGCAGAUGAAAUGGCCGCUAAGCCCGAGGACCCCUGCCCCGCGCGUGGCACCGAUACGAGCCCAAAGCAGGUACGUCAGCAUUGCUGCCAGAAGGAACCGGCACCCAAGACAGCCCUCGCGCAGCAUUCGCCAGCAGAACGCGCACCCGAGGGGAAGAUCAGCAGAUUGCGGAGCAAGAAAAAGAAAAGAAAGAAAAAGAAGGUAAAGGAAGAGGGGUCACAGGAGGGGCAGGGCAAGCCGGGCGGGAAGCGGCUCAACCUUGCCAAAGCUUUCAAGAACAACCUGACGAAAGUCGCCACCACGGAAAAGAAAAGGGACAAGAAGAAGAAGAGAAAACUGGGGAAAAAGAUUGAGUCCAAAAAGGUUGCAGCAAAGAAGAGAAAAGCUGAUCCUAAACUCCCGGUUGAGCCUAAUUUUCAGCUGGUGUGCACUAGCCUGGAGGAACUGAGAGAGCUGAUUGGCAGAACCGAGGACGAGAUGGAUGAGCUGGAAAGUACAAAAAAGAAAUCGGGCCGAUGGUACUUCAGAAGAGAGGCAGUGAAGGAUCUGCACAUCACCCUCAUCAGACUGCUGAACGAGCUCUCACCCUGGGAACCCAAACUGGUGAAGGCUUUCCAGAGGAACAGGGCACGUUUAAAAAAGGAUUACGAUGAUUUCAAGAAGCAUCCCGACUACAACUUUGUCAGAGAGGAGUGGACUGGGGAGGAAGGGGAUGGAGUAUUUGGCAAAGAGAGCCAUCCAUCUUCCUCUGAUAACACCAUAGUGACUGAGGGAGAGGACAAACUGGACCAGGCAGCUAAGAGGGACCCACUGGCAGCAGAGGACACUAAGCAGCAAGGAAUGGAGCCGAUGGGAAGGACUCGGGCAGCUAGACGUGAAAGCUUUGUCGUCUCCGAUGAGCACAAACUGCCUUUGAGGAACUCGAAACGGCGACAUAGCGCAAGCACAGAUGAAGAACUGACUCCUUGGAAGAAAAACAAAAAUAUUGGUGAGGAGCAAGCAUCUGCCAUGGAGACAGAGGAUAGGGCGAGGGUGUCAAAUGCUGCCGCACAGACCUUGGUCCCGGAAACCUCCAAGGUCACGACGCCUAUGGCCGUUUUCCACAAGGGCUCCACACCCAUCCAGGCCUUGCUGGCCAAGAGUGUCGGGAACAAAGUGACCUUAAUCAGUCAGCCAGCGGCGGCUAUGAUGAUGGCCUGCCAGGUGCAAAACAAGCCAGCCGUCUCCCUGCAAACAACCAAACAGUCAGCAACCCCAGGACAGGCUCUGCAACCAGUACCCACACCAAAGAGCCCUGUGCAGACUGCCCACACUGUGCCCGGGGGCGUGGAUCUACUCAGGAAGAGCGGCACCAGUCCGAUGAAGAUUGCAGUGCAGCCGGUGCUGGAUCAAAAAACCGGGGAGAAAAUCUUGCAGCAAGUGGUCAUCCUACCUUCCAAUCUGCUUAUCCAGAGGCAGCUGGAGAAGGAUCUUCAGCACCCUCAGCAGCAGAAGAUUCCCGUUCCUGUCUCCAAAGCAACCGUUCCACUGUCCAGCUCUUCUGGCUUCACUAGGUCAGAUGAUGCUAACAAGAUUCCCAUACAACAAGUCGCUCCACUGACUGGGGCCUGUAGCAGAAACCCAUCUACAACUACCGUUUCCCCGAGUUUGCCGACUUCUUUACCAUCCACUUACAUGGGUGCCUCCAUGUCCAAACCACUUGGCGCACAGAAUGUAAUCACAACUAGAUCCCCCAUCACUAGUGGCACCUCAGUAAAUUCUAGCAGUCCUCCUGACUCAAAGCAAGAGCUGAAGACCGUCUGCAUCCGGGACUCGCAGUCGAUUCUUGUCACCACGAGAGGGGGUAACACAGGGGUGGUCAAAGUUCAAACGUCUGACCAAAACGUACCUGGCUCCUCGCCCCCUAGCCCUGUCAUCACCAUUUCCCCACAAUUCCAAGCAUUCCUAGUUUCCAAGUCCUCUUCCCCUAUAGCCUCUUCUCCGCCAGCACUGCCCAGCACAGCUGCAAGCAUGAGCGCACAAACUUUCAGCAAAUCUGCGUCCUUCGUCAGCCCGUCCCAGGCUCCUUCUACCAUUCCCAUUCCAGCGAGUCAGGCAGGAGGGACUAUAGUCAGCUUUGCCUUAAGCCAGCCCUACAAUGCCUAUAUUCCUUCCCCAUUAACUGCAAACAAAUGUAACAAGACUGCCCUGCCUUCAGUUGUAACUAAUCCAACUUUGCCAGCAACUCCUCACAGUAACGUCAGUGUUGCAUCAUCCUGUGGUAAAAGUAGCAUGAUAAUCACUCCCGCAUCGUUAGUGCAGUUCGCUGCCAAGCCCCCGGUUAAGAGGGCUCACACAGACGAAAGGCUAGCCGACAGGCUUCCCUUCCAAAAGGUCAUCCUUGUCACUCCGCCUUCGAGCGUAGCUGCGUCUGGUACAGCGGCCAAAGCCGCCCCCUCCACUGCUUCCUCUGCUGUGACACCCCCGAGGCUGAUGCUAAUAAGUCAAUCUGGUGACCACUCUACAGUCGGACUUCCAAAACCGACACUCUCCACUGACACCAAGGCUGCAGCCCUCACCUCCCCGUCUCAAGUCCUGGAUAUGAAGGUUGGACUCAGCCUUAGUCAAAUCAUCAGCAACAGCACCAUGCAGAAAGUCCAGACCAUCGGACUACUGCCCGAUUUGACUGCCCAGUUGCCAACAGAGGCCUUGAACCCAAACAAGCAUGUCCGCCUGCCUGCAGCAGAAUCGGUAGCAAAAAGCUGUAUAAAUGUACCCAGACCUGGUCUUUCUGCAAAUGCAUCAGGUGGUCUGAUUCUUGUUCAGGCUACCAACACACUUGCUAGCAUUAAUGCUUCCUCUGCAAAAAAUGUAGGUCCAGCUAAUGUUAGUGAACGUUCUGACAGCAAAACGCUUGCAAUCUCCACUUUCAAAACCGGGCAUUUGUCAUCGACCGCUUCUCCACAGCAAAGUGUCUCGUCGUCUAGCACCUCCUUAGUUUCUGCUGUGAGUGAUACAAAAGUAAGACAAGCCGUGGGAAGCUCUCCAACGGCUGUUGUGACUACUUCUGUAGGCGGUCUUGCUAGCAAAGACCUAGCUUUAAUGAGUGUGCCUCCUGUCGGGUCUCCGGCUGUUCUUGGUAAGCCACGUUUUCCAGCACCACUGACGAAAUCCUUCCCUUUUAAAGUGUCUCCCCUUAUAACCCCUCCUUCUACUCAGUCCCAGGCCUGCAACACCUCUACUCCCGCCAAAAUGAUCAGCACCCCAGUUCCUGCUCACCAUCCUAGACUUCCUGACGUUAGCCCCCCAACUGAACCUACCACUACUGUGCAACAAAGGAUUGUGAUCAACACCACCACCCCACUUGCUCCUGGAACCCACAUCAUAAUCAACAACACAAGGUUCGUCGUUCCUGCUCAAGGUCUUGGCCCUGGAAGCCAUGUUCUUCUCAUAUCAAGCCCAGUUGCAUCUCCGGCUUCCUCCCAAGGGGCAACCCCUCUAUCCACAGCUCUGAAAAGUAUUGUGUCAACAAGUGCACAAACCCCUGCUGUGUUGGCGACUUCAAGCCCAAGGAAGACAACACCAACUACACUGCCCAAGCACAGCACUUGUGGACCCCCACCGCCAUCCUCUGUGACAGAAGGCCAUUUAUCUGCUGCUACCACUCCUCAUAAAUUGACUACUGUUGGGAGAAGUCCUCUGAAAAGUCCUCUCCUAAUUAGUAGCCCCACUACAGUUACACAGGCUUCACAGUUAGUAAAAGCUGCAUCCCCUGCCCUUCAAGGCUUGUCGAGUCCCAUGGUCUCCGUUGAUGGGAAGGGCAUGCCGGUUGCUUCGUUGCAGGCUGUAGGUAACCACAUGCAGAAUUCUAUUGUGAUGGCUGUCCAGACAACCGGAGGCUUACAGUCUAACACCAUACCAGCAAAUUUGCCUGCAGGACUUGCAAACACAAUACCUAAAAUGCAGCUUGUAUCACCAGUGCAACCGAUGGGAGGUGUCAUUUCUAGAACACAGGUGUUUUCAACAGCCACUACACCUCCAAUAGGAAGCACAAUCUCCAGAACACAGUCUUUGCCUGUUGCAACAGUGCCGCCUACUGGGAGUGCCUGCAGCUGGAGACAAGCCUCCCCUAUUUCAACAAUUCAAGCUUCCUUGUCAGGUGUUAUAAUGGCUCCAGGUCAGCUAGCCAAGCCCUUGCGGUCAGAACUCAUCAGCAUGCCACCGACUUCAUCCAAUCCCUCCCCUGCCGCAUGCAAGCCGGCUGCUUCUUCUGUUGUACUUGCAGGCUCCUCGUCUAGUAAAAUCCUAGUGAGUCCAGAUGGAGCCAUUUUGAAUGUUGUCAGAGGUUCUGCCCUCUCUGGUUUUCCGUCAGUGUCUAAGGCUUUGGCAACAGUGGUGGUCACAACCAGUUCCAAUACGGGCAGGGUACUGCCGUCAGUGAAGACUGACACCCUGCCGUCUACACAGGCAGAGAAAGGAGGGCCCAGUAAUUGAGACCGAAAUGGCCAGUAUCCUUGAGACUUUGUCAGAUUCCAACCUUUUACAUAACAUAAUUCUGUUCAGCAAAUGGAAUUAAAUACAAUUGUAUUUGGAAACCA